UGUAAAACCACCAAAUUGACAAGUGUGAAUAUUCAUCCUUGUAAUCAGGACACUAAGCAAACACAAAUCCUUGUAAUCACACACAUGGCUAGAUUCAAUACUGCCAGCAAAUUAUGUAGAAUCAUUCCUAGAUGAUUCAUCCCUGAGUUUGGCUAGUAUAAAUAGGGUUUGUUUCAUUCAUUUUAAACACACACAAACUUAGAAAUUCAGAAAUUCAGAAAUUUUCAGAUAUUAAGAAGAAGAUAUUUAGAGCUUUUAUUAAUAUAUCAAUCUCUCAAGUUUAGUCUUCAUCUUCUUCAUUUCACAACACGUUAUCAGCACGAAUCUGCUCAAAGUCUUCAAGAAAUCAUCAUCUCCUGCAGUAUAUCAUGGCAAAUAUUAUCAAAAGAGAAUUCGACGUUCUUGAUCUGUCCGGCCAAAAAUAUCUGGAAUGGAAAGUCGAUGCUUUAGCACAUUUAAAGGCUAAUGGUCUUGAAGACACCAUUGAGGCUAUUAAUCAAUCAUCUUCCCAAGAUAAAGCGAAAGCUAUAAUUUUCCUCCAUCACCACCUCCAUGAAAGUCUCAAAUCUGAAUAUCUUUUGGUUGAUGACCCAAAAGAAUUAUGGGACAAUUUACAGGAGAGGUAUGGCCACCAACAAAAGGUACCUUUGCCAAAAGCUCAGUAUGACCGGAUCAAUUUAAGAUUCCAGGAUUUUAAAUCAAUCAGUGACUAUAAUUCUGCCAUGUUCAAAAUAACAUCUAAACUAAAGUUCUGCGGACAAAAAGUCACUGAUGCUGAUAUGUUGGAGAAAACCUUUUCUACAAUGCAUAUUUCUAAUAUGCUGCUACAACAGCAAUAUAGACAAAAGGGUUUUAAAAAAUACUCCGACUUAAUAUCAGUAUUAUUGGUAGCUGAGCAAAAUAAUGACCUUUUGAUGAAAAAUCAUAAUCUGAGUCCCACUGGUUCUAGUCCUUCGGUUUAUGGUCCAUCUAGCCAUAAUUUAGCCACUGAAUCAAAUGCAACAUACAGUGACAGUAGAAGGCAUUUUAAACGUGGACAUUUUAAUGGUCAUAAUAACAAGUCCCACCGAGAAUAUAAACAAGUCAAUAGACCGAAUUAUAAGGGUAAGGGCAAACAAAAAGCCCAUCAAAUAAAUUGCCCUCCAAAAUCCUUGGGAAAAUCGACUUGUUAUAAAUGUGGCAUGACGGGGCAUUGGGCUAAUAAAUGUCGCACGGCUAAACAUCUGGUGGAGUUAUUUCAAGCUUCUAUGAAUUUAAACAAAGGCAAAAAUAUGGAAGCUAAUUAUGUCAAUGACACAACUUCAUCUCUGCCAAAAUUUGACGUAUCCGACUUUUUCACUAAUGAUGCUAUUAUGGACGAUGCUUUUGCCAUAAACCAAAAUGUUACAAAAUAAAAUAGUAGAUUCCGUAUGUUGUAUAAUACUAAUUUUAUGUAUUUUUUCUUUCUUCCAC